GCGCCCAUGAACAACAUUACAAAACAUUACAUUAUCCUUGGUACAUAAAGACAGGAAUAGAAAAAAAUAAGCUGAAAUGUCAUUUUCUAAAGGGUCAGUGUUUUUUAAAGUUAUGAUUUCAUCUGCUGCUGUAUUAGGUGCAACAUAUUUUAUUUGCCACCUACACAAACGUAAAAAGAGAAGAAAUGUUGGUUCAUGUUGGGAGUUCCGACGAAGAGACGAGAAAGAUAUCAAAAUUGUCUCCAAUGUUGAGGAAUGGGAGAGUGUCUACCCUGUUCUUUCCUCAAAAUGUUCUGUAAUAAAGUUCGAGAAAGAUGUCAAAAUUGUCUCCAAUGUUGAGGAAUGGGAGAGUGUCUACCCUGUUCUUUCCUCAAAAUGUUCUGUAAUAAAGGCUGUGGGCUUUGACUGUGAGUGGGUGGUUUCGAGUAAAGUGUCAUUAGUGCAGAUAGCGACUGUUGAUGGGUUUUGUGUUCUCGUCCGAAUACACAUGUUAAGUCCCAUCCCACAAUCACUUACAGAUUUUCUUGCUGAUAAAAGCAUCCUGAAGGUGGGUGUGGCAUCUCGAGAUGAUGGGAGAAAACUGUUCAAGGAUUAUGGCCUGGCUGUCUCUGGCUGUGUAGAUCUCAGGCAUAUCAUAUCCAGGGUGCCUUCUGUAAAGUGUUCAUCCCAAGGCCUGUCUGGUCUGGCGAGCUCCUUGCUUGGUAUUCGGAUGGUGAAGGACCAUAACAUUCGCUGUGGGGACUGGGAAGCAGAAAGCUUUUCACAGGCUCAGGUUAAUUAUGCCGCCGAUGAUGCGUUAGUUGGCCUAGAUGUAUUUCUUCAGCUAGUUUGGCUGAAAUUUGGUGAUGUGGCUGGUGACAACAGUUACUAUGGCAACUCAGUAACUAUGGCAAAAGAGGAUUUUUUUAUAAAAGCAAGGUCACUGUGUCAAGGAGUUGUUAAUGCGAAGUUCAAAAUGAAAAGUUCUCGUAACAUGAGGGAAAGCGUGGAAAUCAGCUCUGAGGAGGAGGAAAACGAUUCAGGAACCAUCAAUAAUCAGACAUCAACAUUCCGAAAAUCGUCUCAAAACCGUAAAAGUAAUCAGUCAGGCAAAAAAGGUCAACUCCUUGCACCCAACGGAGAUUGGCUAUCGCCUUGCGAUAUACUCAAGGCAGAGUGGUAUAUCAGAAAGGAGCUUGGAGACAAAGUAAGUGACGAUCCAUUCACUGUGAAACUGCGAUUUGAGCCAAAAAAUCGACGGAACAUUAAGAAAGAUAACAACCUUCAAAAGAAGGAAAGCAUGUGCGUGGUUUGUGGUUCCUAUGAGGAUUGUGUGAGAAAGCAGGUGGUACCUCAGGAAUAUAGAAAGUAUUUCCCAGCCAAUCAAAAAGACCACUCUUCCCAUGACGUAUUAUUAUUGUGUAGAAAUUGUCAUCGGGGAUGUGGGGAUUAUGAGACCACCCUACGACAACGCCUGGCUGUUGAGUGUGACGCCCCACUAGAGUUUGGGAAAGACUCCAAGCGACACAUUGACAAAAAUUUGGCGGAAGUCUCUUCUGCAGCAAAAGCAUUGUUUAGGAAUUUGGGUCGGAUUCCAGAAGAGAGAGUUGCUCAUCUUGAAAACACGGUGAAAAACUACUGUGGCGUCAAAUCCUUGUCCGAUAAAUUGUUGAAAGAUGCAAUUGACAUGGACACAAAGGUUCAAAAUUCACAGUUUGUUCCCCACGGACAAAAAGUUGUACAGUUCUAUAUGCAGAAACAUGGUGGACUAUUGGAGUUUGAAAAACUGUGGCGAGUACAUUUUGUGGAGGCCAUGCAGCCACAGUUCCUUCCAGAUCUGUGGGCAGUGGAACAUGAACCUGAACAAAUGAUACCGGUCCUGGACGAUUUGAAUGGGUUUUGCAGCUUAGAAAAGGAGUGAAUUCAAAGAAGGAGUGAAUUGCCAAGGUUUAGCACUGCAGCAACCCUUAAAGAUUUGUCAGACAUAUAGUUAUUUAUAUGUGCAAAUAGUGUAUUAAAAUGAUAAGUCACUUUGCUUACGGUUAUUCGAUGUUUAAUAUUUUUGGGUCCAACUGUUACUAAUUGUAUGAACAUUUUUGUAUGAUCAUUAAAGGGGAGGAGAUAGAUUGGGAUGGGGUGGGAUUUGGUGAAAAUGAGGAAGGGACCUACUUUUCUAAUGCAGUUACAUACCAUACGAAGGCUCCUCAAGAACUUUUUACAUAUUUUUUUCAUUUAACACAUGUAGUAUAUACCAUAAGUCAGAACACUGUAAUUAUUGUCAUAGUUACAAUUUGACAAGAUUUUUCUUUAAUAAAUGAAGAGACUAAGAAUGCUUUUGUUCAACAAAUAAAAAUAAUCCCAAUUUUUUUAUAAGUCUUGAAUUUCCAAGAUAUACGGUAGUUUCAAAUAAUUGACUUUAAAGUCCAAGAUAUUCUUUUUGCACAUAAAAAAAUCUGACCAACUUGAACAGUGUAUGUAUAUUUGAUCCGUCCAGUUUUAAUGAACUACGGUAUGUUAUAAUACUUGUAUUAUUUUAAUGUCCCAUUCUUGUUUGCAAUAUUUAAAUUAAUUUUAUGUUUUAGCCACUAGGUCAAAAAAAUUGUUGUUGUUUAAUUGUUAUACAGUUUUUAUUGAUUUCAAUUUCAGUUAUAUAGAUAUGUUCAGAAUUUUUGUAAAAUUAUGAUUAUUAUGUGAUAUGGAGGAUAUUACAUGAGUGUGUUUACCUGAAACCUGGUUAUCAGAAUGACGUAUGUCGUUGUUCGGGCGGGCGGGUGGCGUCAAACUCACCUAUGGUAUCAAAUAACUUAAGUUAGGUUUGACAUGAAGUGACCAAACUAGGUAUGUAGGAAGAGUCUAUGGAGCCCUUUCAUGGGAUUGUGUUCUGGGCCCCUAGGGUCAAGUUCACGGUUACUGUCACUACAAAUAGAAAAAUGGUUGGUACUAUAUAACUUUUGUUAGGGUUGACAUAUUGCGACCAAACUUAGGUUAUAGGAAGAAUUUAUGGAGACCUUUCAUGGGAUUGUGUUUUGGGCCCCUAGGGUCAAGUUCAAGGUCACUGUCACUAAAAAUAGAAGAAGGUUGGUACUGAAUAACUUUAGUUAGAGUUGACAUAUUUUGAUCAAACUUGGUAUAUAGGAAGAGUUUAUGGAGCCCUUUCAUGGGAUUAUGUUCUGGGCCCAUAGGGUCAAGUUUAAGCUCACAGUCACUAAAAAUAGAAAAAUGGUUGGUACUGAAUAACUUUUUUUAGGGUUGACAUAUUGCGACCAAACUUAGUAUAUAGGAAGAGUCUAUGGAGACCUAUGAUAGGAUUGAGUUUAUGGCCCUAAGUGAGAUAUUUUAGCUGUCAAAGUAUGGUGCUAACAAACUGCAUAAAGGAAACCUUUUCUGCAUUGAGAUUUUUAGGUUUAGACCUGAGUCAAGUAGAUCUGUGUUUUGUCAUGGAUACCAAAAAUUUAGAACAUUAAUUAUAUUGUUCUUUUUAAGUGAACAUUCUUCAAGAUUUCCAGACUAUCAUCAUACUUACGAAAAACCAGAAAAAGUAUAUAUAUAUUAUAUAUAUAUUGUUAUCAAGCCAGUUUGUAAUUUAUUUCUGACAGUAAUUAUAUAAUUUCAUUAUUUGUCUCAGAAAUAUGUAUGUACACAUGCCUUUUAGUAGACAUUUAAAUCAUUAAGGUUCUAUCAUUCAUAAUCAUGCUUGUAUGUAAAUAAGCAAUGCCUGUGAUACAAGAUGUUAAUAACCAGACUCGGCCCUGUUUCACUAAGAUAUCUUAGUCCUUAACCAUAUGCGGGUCGGUAUAAAACGCAGCGAUUUGCGCAGGCUGUGUUAUGCAGGUUGGGUUUUUAGGGUAUAAAACGCAGCGACGCAGCCAAUAUAUAUAUAUAUAGGCAAAACACAGCUUUUUAUAAAAAUACAUUCUUUCCAUUUAGAAAAGCAAGAAUAUAUUGAUUUUCGUAACAUUACAUAUUAAAACAUUGAUAGUAUUGGCCAGACACAGAAACGUGUAUUGCUAAUUAGGUAAGUUUAAUUUCGGAAGUAUAAGAUAGCUAUUUGUUCCUAAAAGAAGCGUUUUACAGUUUUGUUGUUGUUUUGUUGUCAAAUAUAUUAUUUGAAUUAUAAUUACACAUUAAAAUUGUUUAAUGAAUUCUGCAACUUCAUAAAUACCUCUGUCUUAUGUUAAUAUUUUUUCAAUAAAUAGUGUUCAUUUCUUAACUGUCUUUGUCAAUAUGUUAUUUUUGUUAAGAUUGCCACUUAAUAAAUGAAUCCAAAGUUUGUUUGUUUAAUUAAUAACACUUAAACGCUGCAAUAGUGCCAUUAACAUUUCCCCUAUAUGUCUAUAUUGGCUGCGCAAAUAGGUGUGUUUUCCAUGUUUGUCUAUAUUGGCUGCGCAAAUAACUGCGUUUUCCCCUUUAUGUUUAUAUUGGCUGUGUAAAUUGCUGCAUUUUAUACCGACCCACCUUAUGCUGCUAAAGAAUGCGCCGAACAAGUUAUGAUUAAAAUCUAUGUGAUAAAUGUCCUUACGAUAUUUUUUAUUGAAACACAGUUUAUGCCAUUAACAAGGUUAUUGCUGGAAAUUUACCAUCUUAAGCCUUAGAUCUUUAUUGAACGGGGCCCUGAGCCAUAGUAAGUGAAAAUAGGUCUUGUUAUUCAUUUUUUUUAAUGUCAGUUGUUGGUAUCACUCCAAAUAUGUUUUACUGUAAAAAACUUUUACAUAAAAAUAAAAUAUGUCAUCUAUAAUAGUAAAAAUAUGCUCUAAGCAGACUUGCUAGGUAUCAAAAUCCCACUGACUUUUCCAAUAUCCCCUAUGAAGAUAGGAUACUGAAAGGGGCAAGCUCCCUAUUAGGAAGUGGUUUUACUGAUAAGGGCAUAGCUUACAUUGUCACUUAGCAGGGAAAGGGUUAAAAGUAUCUUGAAAGUACCCAUGGAACUGUUCCUGUUGUCUAGAGGUUAAGGCAUCCGCCUAUGGAGUGGGAAGUCGUGCGUUAAAAGUAAGUACAAGUAGCUCCCUUGCCUGGGGCUCGGCAUUUAAAGGGUAGUGCUUGGUGUACCCUGUACUGGUUCAACUCAGGAAAGUUGUAUCCCGUGUAUCGGUGCUUUACACCGAGCACGUUAAAGAACCAAGGGGUCUCUUUGUAAAGAGCAAGGGUAUCGCACCUGGAUCUCUUGUAUCUCACUCUGUUUGUUUUGAAGUCUUCCAAUAUCUGGAUUUGACUGCGAAUUGCUGUCACUUCUAUCUCAUGUCACUUAUGGCAUUUAAACACAAGUCGUGAUUUGGGUAUAUUCUGUAAUUAUAUGGUCUAUAUUUAGACCUCAUAUUUUUUAUGCCAGUGGGUAUGUAAGUUUUAAUCUACAUUUAUUUACAUGUUAACUAAGAUAAUUGAUUCUUUAGAGGGAGAGAAAAUGGAAAAAUAUAUUACAGAUUCUAUUUUUUGUUUUUUGGAAAUCAAGCCACUCAAAUGGACACAAUGAUGUGGGGCCGCAUCUGAAAGUAAUUUAUUGUGAAUGAAUAUGAUGUAGAAAAAUAAAAACAUAAAGUCUAACAUCUAAAAUAAUUUUCUUUGAAUUAUUUUAUUAAUUUUGAUAAAUACUUUUGCUUUUUAUAAAUUUGCCUGUUUUGCAACAUGUUUUCACAUGCUGUUUACUAUCACUAUGUAAUUGUUGAAAACCCAUGUCAAGGGUUUUCUUCUUAAUAAAUUCUCUAUGCAAUUAAUAAAUUAAUUUUGUACCAGCGUUUGGUUUUUAAUUUAUUUAUGUUGCGUACAUGUAUACUGAAAAAAAACAUUAUCCUUCUUCAAAUAUAUUAUUAAAUGAGUUGAUAGGGAUUUAAAAACCUACUGAGCGCAAAAAGAUGUGUGACAUACAAACCAUAUCAGUUUUAAUUUUAAAAGCAAAAUCACAUUAGUUGGCAGUCAAAUAUUAGAUUACGUAAAUAAGUUGACUUGUGUUUAAGUCAUGAGAUGUAUGUGGGAAAGCAGGAUGAAUCAAACUAUACUGUUCAAGAUGACAACCUCAAGAUCACUAUGCGGAGAAUUUCAUUGCUUUUUUUGUACAUACUUGUAAAUUACUGUUUGUUUUGUAACUUUCUUCAUCGAAAUUUGAGACCCAGAUUCAUAUAAUUUCAAACAAACCCUCAUUCCACUCAUUUUUCAUAUGAAAUAGUAUAUAUGCCCCCCCCCCCUUCAUAAUACUGUGUUAGAUUAUUAGUAAAACAUAUGAACAUUUUUCAAUUACUGAAUCAAAAGCUCUUUGUGAACUUUCCAGUGACAUUUCGUGACAUCGGUGUAAAUAUGUGACUUUCAUCUUUCAUCUUUUCUAAAACAUAAUUUGUACCUGUAUAUAUGUUUCAGUUAGUUUUGUUAUUGUGUUUUUCUUGAUGCAUGUUUGGUGGGGCGCUAUACACCCCAUGCUCAUGUUUGUUUUAUAUGAAUAAAUUUUAUG